GACCGACGCAACAAUGUGAGAACCAACUUCACUCGCGAAGAGGAGUCGAGCGACGCCCAAGAGAUCCGUCGCCAGGUUGAGUUCUACUUCUCCGACUCCAAUUUGCCAAUCGACAAGUUCCUGCUCGAAGAGACUGGCGGUCCAGAGAACAAGCCAUUUCCACUCAAGACCAUCCACAACUUCAAGCGCAUGCGUCACUUCCAGCCGUUCAGCGCUAUCGUCGAAGCUGUCAAGGGCAGCGAUUUCCUGGAGGUCAACGACAAGGAUGAGGUCUACCGCAAGGAGCCUCUCGACAAGAAGUUCACUCUUGAUGUUCACCGGAACCAGGAACUUCUCACCACUAAGAGCAUGAAGAACAGCAUCUAUGCCAAGGGCUUCGGUGAAGAGAACCGCACUACCGCCUUCGACAUCGAAGAGUUCUUCCAGCCAUACGGAGCGGUCAGCGUCCGCCUUCGUCGCCACGAGGACAAGACUUUCAAGGGCUCAGUCUUCGUCGAAUUCUCUGACGAGGAUUCUGCCAAGCAAUUCUUGGAGAUGGAAGAGAAGCCCAAGUUCAACGACAAAGAACUCGAGAUUAUGAGCAAGCAAGCAUACGUUGACAUGAAAUCUCAAGCCAUCCUCGAGGGCAAGGUCAAGCCAAAGUCUCCAACACGCAAGGGCUCAUACCGUGGUGGACGCGAUCGUCGUGGCAGCUUCAACAGCAACUACAAGCGUAAGCGCGACUACGAUGACGAUGACGACAUGGGUGGAGACAACUGGCGCGAACGCCGCGACAAGUUCCAAAAGUCCCAGCGUGGA